AUCAGGGACUGUAUAUACGGAAAAAAAUGCAGUUAAUUCGGUUUCUGUCGCUAUUUUUCGUAAUGAUCAGUUUCGGAAUGGAUUCGCACGCGGAAACCGUAUUUCCAACGGUUAUGUCAGCUGUGAACGGGAUGGAUGUGAGUUUGGUGUGUAAAGUGCCCGAUCAUAUGGAGAAGCGUAUGCUCAUCUGGUUUAAGAACGGGACUUUCCCGAUUUCCGUGGGAACAACACGGACCCAUAGUGAUCUGCGUUACCGGUUGGUCGAGUCGAUAACGGAACUGGUAUUGAAGAUAACAGCGGUUACCGUGAAGGACUCCGGAAAUUACAGCUGUUACAGUUUAAUGGACUCCAGAGAUUUGGCGUUUUUCAUGGUUACGGUCACCAGUCAGGAUGGCUUAUCUUGUGAGGAUAGUGCCACGUGCGGUGAUACUGGAAUGGACGAUGCAGCGGAUGCAAUUAAUUUGCUGAGUUCUAAUGAAGCCUGGACCAUAGGAUACAAUAUGGCGGUGCGUUUUGCAGCCGUCGGCGUUGCUGUCGCCAUCGUUACCCUACUGGUGAUUCUCGCGGCCGUUUACUGCCGGAAAGAACGUGCCCAGAAAGCCCGUCCGUGUCCUCAAAACGAGGAAGGAUCCGCCUGAAGAAAAUGCCGUUAGUUCUUGACAAGUAAUCGAAAUUUCAUGUGUGCAUUCAUCCCUCUUUCGGCCGGCCUCUUGCAAUGGUGGUCUGUUAUUAGCAUCUACUGUUUAAUAUUGAUGUAGCGAAGUGGUGGAUGAUCUAUCUAUACACAUUACUGAUACUUACUAUAUAAAUGUUUAAAAUCCUGGUUCAUGUUUAUUUGAAUAACUGCUGUAAA